AUGUCGAUCGGGGUUCCAAUUAAAUUACUUCACGAAGCUCAAGGCCAUAUUGUAACAUUAGAGCUAAACAAUGGAACUGUUUAUAGAGGAAAAUUAUCUGAAGCUGAAGAUAAUAUGAACGUGCAACUUCGAGAAAUUACAGUAACGGCGCGAGAUGGUCGUGUAUCUCAGUUGGAUCAAGUAUAUAUUAGAGCUACAGUUGCAAGAGCUCAAGCUCGAGGAGGUAGAGCAAGAGCUUUUCGGGGUAACGUUCGUGGUGGUCGUGGUUCUCGCCCUCAAUAA